UAUUAGGCUUAUAUUGUCAACCUUUUCAAGAUAUUGAUUGACCAGCAAACAUGGACUGAUGAUGGCAGCGUGUCUGAAAGGAUGCUUCGCAGCCAGCUCCUUGUGUUUGCUUGUGUUCGGAAGUACCAGCCUUGUGUAGUUAAAGCGGAAGAGUAUUUUGACAAAUGGAAACAGUCUAAUGGAACUCUAAGAUUGCCUGGUGAUGUUGCCUUAGCUGUCUAUGCAGUGGGAGCACAGACAACUGAAGGCUGGGACUUCCUUUUUCAGAAGUACCAGGCUUCUCUGUUCAGUGCUGAGAAGAGUCAAAUUAAGGUAGCUUUGACAAUCAGCAGAAAUCCUGAAAAACUACAGUGGCUAAUGGAAGAAAGCUUGAAAGGAGAUGUAGUGAAAACCCAAGACCUACCAUUCAUUGUUGUGUACGUUAGCAAGAAUCCUUCGGGAUUUCAGUUAGCUUGGAAAUUUCUCAAGAAAAAUUGGGAUAAAUUAGUCCAGAAGUUUGAACUGGGCUCCCAUUCAUUAGCACACAUGGUGAAUGGAGUUACAAACCAAUAUUCCACACGCGAAAUGCUUCAUGAGGUGAAAAGCUUCUUCGAGUCUCUGAAAGAUAAUGGUUCCCAACUCCGGUGUGUUCAGCUUGCAGUGGAAACCAUUGAAGAAAAUAUAAGGUGGAUGGAUAAAUACUUUGAUCAAAUUAAAGCAUGGCUAGAGCAACACCAGAUAUGAUGAGAAGAUACUUAUUUUGAAGAGAGCAAAACAUGGCUAAUGAAAAAUCUGUUUAUAAGGUCCCCCCCCCUCUACACACACACACACACACUAGUUUACUGCUGUUGUACAGUCUAUAAUAAAGAAUUUGCUAAUUUAUGUUGUAAAAAUUUGUUAUAGUUCUUUUACACGAGUACGAAAACGACAAACCAGUGUCAAUUAUUUCUAAUUUUGUGAUUGUAAGUUAGGAAUGCAUUGUUUCAUUUUCACAACAUAUACACUCAAACACUCUUACAAUCUCUUUCAACAAAAUGGCUAGUUUAAAUUCCAUUCGUGGACUGUGUUUACAUCUGUGUUGGCGGGUGUGUGUGUGCAACUCACGCAUGGUCUUCAUUAAGGAGUUUUUUUUUUUUUUUUUUUUUUUAAUAAACUGUUGAAGCCUGUCAACUUGCAGCUGGGAGGCACUCACCCUCCUCCUUACCCUAUGGUUCUGACAACUUUGUAAUGAGCACUGUCCCAACGACACCAUUCAAUAAUUUUAUAUCCUGAAAAAAAAAAAAAAACAGAAAUGUCUCAGAAUGCUCUACAACACUGAGAUGUCCUUCUCUGGUUCUGUCAGAUACAGAUGGGUGUGUGUGUAUGUAAGAAGUUGGUACAUUGGUGUGUAUGUGUUUGUUUAUAUGUUUUAGAAGUCGGUAGGUAUGUAGGGAU